CCCCCCCAAAGCCCCCCAAAAACCCGCUGCAGCAGCGCGGCUUUAGUGCUCUGAUAAGCUUCAUCGCGGCGCUGGCCAGCAAGCUGCAUGCGCCAAGAUCCCCACUCAUCAAUACCCCGAGACCCGAAUUGGCGCCAUGGACUAUUUUUCGGCGUCAAUCUCUGUGGAAUCUGCAACCUUGAGAGAAUCUCUCGACGCCAGCCGCUGAUCCUCGCCCCUGUCGACUGGGCCCGGCAUUCGCUCGCAACCCGAAUCUUUUCCCAUUAAUCGAGCGGCAUCUCGUCUGAUCUGACCAGACGGUCCUUUGUCUGGCCACCCUACCGUGCAAUGGUGCGCAUCAAGGAACGCUACCUCCUCGUCAACAUCGUCUAUCCGCCCGAUGCGACCAAGAUAUCCAAGGCUCGUGUGCCGGGCUUGGUUGCCCAUCACCAGCCGACCGUUGAGAAGCUGACCCCCCAGGCUCUGGUCAGGGCCAUCAGGGCAGAGGUGUCGUUGCUGUACGGCGACUAUGGCGCGGGCGCUCUCGAGGGCAAUCUUUCGGUCAAAUAUCUGUCUCUAGCGACUUCGACCUUCAUUCUGAGAUGCAAUAGGGCACAUUAUCAACUCCUAUGGUCGGCAUUGACGUUUAUGGAUCGUGUCCCCGUGAAGGAUGGACGGCCCUGCAUUUUCCGCGUCGUUCGUGUUAGUGGCACCAUUCGCAAAAUCGAAGAGGUCGCAGUGGAGCGAGCGAGAAAGCUUAUCCUGGCAGCCAAGGCAGAGGCCAGCGCUCACCCACAAUCUUCACUCUCUACAAAUAUACUAGGCACGAAAGAGGAUGCUAUGCUAGAUGUCAUGGACAAUGCCAUGAGCGACGAGGAUAUGGAGGAUGGAAGCUGAUGGAUGGCGA